CCUCCAAACUUUGUACGGGGCGAGCGGCGCGGGGAGAGCCGCGGCAACGGGCCGGGGAGCCGGGGCAGCCGCCCCGCUGCAGAGCGAGGGGCUCCGCUCCCGUCCUGCCCUGCCCUGUCCUGCCCUGCCCUGCCCUGCCCUGCCCUGCCCUGCCCUGCCCUGCCCUGCCCUGCCCUGCUCUGCCCUAGCACACCGCCUCCUGGGGCAGCAGCUCGCCGUGCCUCGCUCGCCUGCCCGGGUGGAGCGGAAGGGGAAGCUCUGUGGCUUUGACCAGGCUGCUGCAAGGAUGGGGCCCCUGGAAGCAGUAGGUGAGGAAAACCAGACAGAAGAAAUGAAAAUGGAGCUGUUCACUAAGCUGUACUUAACAAGAUACACCACACCACUCAAUGAAUUGGCUCUGGACCCUAAACCAGAACUGAAAGACAGCACAACACUUGUUGAAGUACAGAUAAUUCUCAUCUUUGCUUACUGUUCCAUCAUCCUGCUGGGAGUGAUCGGAAACUCCCUCGUGAUCCACGUGAUCAUCAAAUUCAAAAGCAUGCGCACAGUGACUAACUUCUUCAUUGCCAACCUGGCAGUGGCUGACCUGCUGGUGAACACGCUGUGCUUGCCUUUCACUUUGGUUUAUACGCUCCUGGGCGAGUGGAAGCUGGGCCCGGUGUUGUGCCACCUGGUGCCUUAUGCCCAGGCCCUUGCUGUCCACGUGUCUACUGUCACUUUGACUGUGAUCGCUCUGGAUCGUCACCGCUGCAUCGUCUACCACUUGGAAAGCAAAAUCUCUAAGCGCAUCAGCUUCCUGAUUAUAGGAGUUGCAUGGGCAGUCAGUGCCCUGUUGGCAAGUCCCCUGGCCAUCUUCCGUGAGUACUCGCUGAUUGAGAUCAUUCCCGACUUUAAGAUUGUGGUCUGCUCGGAGAAAUGGCCAGGGGAGGGGCAGCUCAACUAUGGCACCAUCUACAGCAUCUCCAUGCUCCUGAUCCAGUAUGUGCUGCCUCUGGCAGUCAUCUCCUAUGCCUACAUCCGUAUUUGGACCAAGCUCAAGAACCACGUUAGCCCAGGGGCGGGGAACGACCACUAUCACCACCGGCGCCGGAAAACCACCAAGAUGCUGGUGUGCGUGGUGGUGGUGUUUGCUGUCAGCUGGCUGCCCUUUCACACUUUCCAGCUGGUCAGCGACAUUGACAGUCAGGUGUUGGACCUGAAAGAGUACAAACUGAUCUACACGGUGUUCCACGUCAUUGCCAUGUGCUCGACAUUUGCUAACCCCCUUCUGUAUGGCUGGAUGAAUAACAACUACAGGACGGCCUUCCUCACGGCCUUCCAGUGCGAGCAGCGGCUGGACUCCAUCCACCCUGAAGCAUCGGCAGCUUUCAAAGCCAGGAAGAAGCUAGAAGCCAAGAGGAUUCAGUUCCCUGGGGACUCUUUCACACAACCUACCAAUGUCUAAGAUGUCUGACCAAAGAAGAAAUGAAUAUAAAAACAAAGGGAUAAACCCAUUUUGGUAUAUGCAUUUUCAAUGCAUAGUUUAUUCAUAAAUGGUGAAAGAACAGUAGCAGGAAAGUCAAGGCAGGUACUAUGAUUUGAGGGGAGUUGACUGACAUCAAGACUAUGUCACUGUACAAAUGCAAGGAAGUAAAAGGGAGAGGCUUUGUUUAUGGCUGUCUCUAACAGGGUAAAUACUUUUCAUUGUUCCCAUAUCUUCUUGACAAGUCUAAAUGACAAGGGCUGGGUUUGCUGAUUUUGCUGGGGGAAGGAAAAUGGCUGAUUUAUAGCACAGGCAUAUUGGUGGUGGUUGCAGGUAGUUUUUAUAUUUGAUGUGGAGAUCAGGGAGUGCAGAAGUCUGCCAGGAGAAUUAAGCCUGUCUGGUGGGGCAAUCAGCUAUGCUGGUUAAACCUCAAACUUUUCAUGCCCCUCCUCUCCCACAGGCACCUUUUGCAAAGACAAGGGAAUUAAGAAGAGAAAUACGUUACUUCUUUUUGACUUGUGCUAGACUAUUUCAAACCAGAGCAUUUGAAAUAGAUUAGGUGGUGAAAUCAGAAGAGAAAAGAAAAAACCAAACCCACUGAAAUACUGGAUUCAGUGAGAGGAAAGUUUCUACGUAAAAUGAAAUGUGGAUUUUGGCCAAUAAAUGGGGUAAGAAGUCAUCCCUUAAAAACUGGCAGUUGUUAUGCUGGUGAGAAAAUCAUGAGCCUGUGACUUGAUCAGUCAUUCCCUGCAGAUCCCUGCCUUUCAUUCUGCUCUGGGAACAGCUCACAAAUGCAGUUCUUUAAAGUGGCAUUUGAGGGCAGGGAAUGCAGGCUCAGGUCUUCUGUGAGCACUUCAUAAACUGCUAAUAUUUUCAUUUUCAGGACCUGCUUAAAUGUCUAAUGUGUUAUUAACUCCACAGGCUUUGAAUUGUUGCUGCUUCUGCCUGGAUAAUAAAACAGCAGAUAAUUCUGAUCCUCUGGAAAGGCUGCUAGAUGGUAAAGUGCUUUUCCUUACUGUGGUUUUAUGUCAUACUCAUCUCGUGUAGGAGCUUUUUCCAUCUUUAGCCUUUGUAAAAAUUAAGAACAUCUGAAUGACUGUAACCUGAUAACAGUAUGCUAUGUUUCUGUGAUAACUUAUCAGUUACUCUGCAUGCCGUAGUUAAUAGUUAAAUUCCUUUUUUUGCUCAGGUAUGAAAUUUUAAUCUGUUUACCGUGUUGUAUACAGCAAUGCUCAACUCUUCUAUGUCUUUGUUCAGCCUCUUUGAACUCAUUAAAGACAUGAAGAAAAUUUCAACCCGUGUUUAUUCCAAGCUGCCCUGUUGCUUAUUGAGAAUAAAAACAAGUGUGAUACUUUCACUUGAAGUCUGAUUUGACUGCUAUAUUUCAGCAGCCUCAUUUUUUCUCUCCACUUUUUGUUGUUCCUAAAUUCACUGUGUUCUCUCUUAAAAAUUAAAACCCAGGAAAACUCGAGUGCUGAAAUGUUUGCAAUGUAAUGACUAGUAUCAGGUCUUUAUCAAGUGAUAAAGGAGAAAUUAAUCUUUGUGUAUUCAGUAUUUGGCACCAUCCUUUAAAUAUCCAUGAAAUCAUUUGGACUUGGAUCUUCAUGAGCAGAAAAGGGAGGUCUAGAGAAUUAGCUAGUGUUUA